AUGGGGGCGGCUUUGAGUCCUGGGAAGCACCCCUUGAUAGAUUCUUCCCUGGUUUUUCCGGCUCCUCCGUCGUCUUACAGCUGCAGCAGUGACGGUCUGCUGCUGCUGCGCUCUCGCUUUGCUGCUGCUGCUGCUGGAACUCCUGCUGCUGUGCCGGCCUUCCUUGUUGUCCCUUCUCCACAGUCUCACCUCAAGCAUGCUGCUGCGCUGCGAACAGCAAGACUUGCUGCAGCAGCUGCUUCUGCGGCAGCAGCAGCGGCAGCUGCUGCUAGUGGCCUUCCGCCGCUGCAGCAACAUCGCCGCCGGAGUAACGUUGAAGGAGCAUGCACAGAAGCAGCUGUUGCAGCACAAAGAGCAGCCGCGAGUGAUGAGGAGAACGAGAGAACGCAGCAGCUGUUGAAGCAGCUGGAUCAGAAGAGGAAAGAGCUACAGCAGCACAUGCUACUGCUGCAGCAGCUUCACCGCCAACAGAAGCAACAACGGGUGCUGCGCCGGCGGCAGCCUCGCAAAGCAGUGCUUCCGCAUGAAAUGGGCUCAGCUGCAGCUGCAGCAGCAAGGUGUGUAGAAGGAUGUGCGGCGGAAACAGCAGCAGUAGCAGCAGGAGCUGAUGCUCCAGAUGCCUUCGAGGCAGCGGCCGACUCCACAAGCUCCGAUACAGCAGCGGCCCCAGACGAUAGCCCCUCAGGAGAAGCAGCUGCUGCAGGAGAUGCAGCAAUGCCAGGCGCAGCACCAGCAACAGCAGCUGGCAGCUAUUGGGAUACGGAGGCCACAGGGGGUCUAAGCCGAAGCGAUUAUUGCAUUAUCUACUUCCACGGAAAUGCAUGCGAUGCGAAUAUGGUUAGGGGUUGGCUUCAAGUGGUCGCAGAUGAGUUGGGUCUUCCUAUCCUGGUAUUUGAAUACCCCGGCUACGGCCUCCUCUCCGGCCUCCCUUCAUCUUCUGUUGGUGUCGACCGUUGCGCCAAAGUCGCCCUCGAGUUUCUCGUAGAACAACUUCACUUUCCUCCAGAAAAAAUCAUCCUCUGUGGCAGGUCUAUAGGCACGGGUCCUGCGGCUUAUUUGGCCUCCCGUUUGGCUAAAUGUAAUUUGCAGUUGGGGGGACUAGUCCUCAUCUCGCCCUUCGCCUCAUUGGCGGCUUUGGCGGCGGAUAUGGCGGAGCUGCCGGAAUCUUUGGCUCGCCUGGUGGUGACCCAUCACUGGGACACAGAGGCCGCGCUUCAGCAGUGUCAGGGGCUGCCCCUCUGCAUCAUUCAUGGCCAGCAAGAUGAGAUUAUUCCGGUGUCGCACUCGCGGCGUUUGCUGUCGAGUAUCCCGAACUCAGCUUCUCUGCGCGUAUCCCACCUCCCGCCCCAUGCCAACCAUUCAGUAGGCCUAGAUCCCGCAGCAAUGAAGGAGGAGGUGCUGCAGCCGCUUUUGCUGUUUCUUCGGAAGGUGCGAUGUGCCGCCCGCCUGAAGCGGCAGCAGCAGCUGCACCACAAGAAGCAUCUUGAGGCCCAGGCAAGGAGAGCAGCAGCAGCGAAUGCCGCAGCAACAGCAGUUGCUGCGGCUGCUGCGGACUCACUUGUGGGACACCUGCAGCCACAGGUUUCCCGUCUGCUUCGUGAAAGGACAAGCUGCGUUUGCAGAUGGCAGUCGCAGCAGCAGGAGCUGCUGCUGCAACAGCAAGGGCGGCUGCAGCAAUCUGAAAAGGCAGCAGCAACAGGUAGCGUUUCAACCAGGCAUUGUAUAAGAGCUCCGGUUGCAGCACAACGCAGUGGAAACAGCAGCACCAUCAAGCGUCACCACUCUGUUGAACCGCGACUCAUGAGGCCGCUUGUAAUGCAGCAUGCUGCUUCCUCAAUGCAACAGCAGCAGCCACUACUUCACCAUCGAUCCUUACGACUUUUCCGCUCCAGCAGGUUAGAAGCCAGUAGCAGCAGCACGGAUGAUGAUCCUUCUGCAGAGAAGGCGCAGGAGCUAAAAGGGGGAAGCGGCGCUGGCAGCAGUCUUUCAAGGGCAUCGCCCCGUGCUGCAGCAGUAGCAGCAGCAGCUGCUGCUGCUACUGCUGCAGGAGCAGCAGCAUCAGACGCCUCUGACUCUGCAGCAACCGUGGCACCAGCAGCAGAAGGGAACGCUGCGAAGGUGCGGCUCCCCCAGGCCUUCUUUGGCGACUCGGAUGGUGAGGCAUCUCCAGCUGCGGGUGGUGCUGGGGUUGCAGCAACGAGCGUUGACUUUCUCAGGGCCAACAGCUCAGAUUCAGGAGCAGUGACCGCUGUGUCUACAGCGGCAUCGGAUGCAGCAUCUGCAGCUGCAGCAGAACGCAUCAAUGCAGCACGAGCUUUUCUCGCAACCGAAGCGAAGAUCCACAGGCGACUGCUUCUAGCCUGCAGGCACAUUCAGCAGCAGCAACGCCAGUCUAUUGCCAAAGCAAACGUAUUGCCUAAAUCAGAGCCACAAUCAGCAGCAGCCCCAGCUACUGGUUCGGCUGCUCCUCCCACAGCGUCUGAACUAACGAGGCGUCUGGGGAACGUAGGCGAACCAGCUUGUGCAGCAGCAGUAGUAGAAGGUCCUGUCGCUGUUGUUACUGAUUUGGGGGCUUCGGAAUCAUCAAGGCCGCCUAGAAUCGCCGGCCCAGGUACUGCUCCAGCAGCAACGGUAGCGGGGAGGGGUAUAAACGCUUCUCACCGUCCAUUUGUGUCUGCAUAUGUUAAAAGCAGCAGCGACAGAAUGCCAACAGCAGCAGCAGGUGCAGCCGCUGCCAAAAAGUUCCUCUCGAGGCAAAGGUUGUGUCACUCUGCUGCAUUUGAAGGCAGCAAGCGAACCCCACCCACUCAAGAACAGCAGCAGCGACAGGAACAGCGCCAGCAGCGCCGUCUUCUACACUCUCGCAGAACCAUUGGCUCCUCAACAACACGGGCUACCUCGCUGGGACCAGGCAGUCGGUUCUGGGCUCGCUGCACGCAGCAGGAGCAUUAG